UUCAACAAGCAACAACAUCGUCGCCGACUUGAAGCGUCUUCAGCGAUUGUGACGGCGGUUACCGCUGACAAUCGCUGUUUCGAGAACUUUUCCGUCUGGGAAUAGGCUGUAGUGCUGUUUGUCACGUCAGUAUCGUAGUUUACGACUCGCGUCAAGUCAGUUUUUUUCGUGAAGUAGCUGCCAGUGAGCUGAGCAAAAUGGCUCCGCUGUUCCAAACAAGCGAAGUUGCUGUCGAGAUGAGACGUUUGAGGGCGCCACACCCUCCUGAAGAGGGAACACAUAAACCACGUUAUUGUCGGCCUCUGCGGACCCCACGUGACGUCCGUAACCAAGAAAUUCUCAUUUUAAUGAUCAUUUUAUAGAUUCUAAUGUAGUGUCAACAGGUGACCCAAAGUUUUGUCCGUUAGUUUCAAUUCUGGAACGUGUAAAUUCAUAAAGAUAAUCUGUUCAUUUCCACUUGAUAUUUUUCCUCACUCGUCUCCCUUUAUUUGUUGUGAAAUUAUUAGUAUUUCUGAAAUAACAGAAAAGAAGUUAAGAUCAUUUGUGUGUUUGUGUUUUGACCCAGUCUACAAGCAAGCAAGUGCAAUACAUCAAUGAUAUUUUCACAGCGAUCCAAAAGGAACUGAGCCCCGUACAAUGUUUGUAGCAUGUGAAAACUUUUAGGGAUCUUGUGUGAUGUGUUUUAUUGGAUACAUGGGAAGUGAAAGCGAAACACAAAACUCAUUUGAUUACGCUAUUUGUUUUAUUCUCUGCAUAUAUUUAACGUUUCAAAGAAAGCUUGAAUCUCCUGCUGAGUGAACACAGUGAUCAAGUUAGAAGACGUUGACUUUUUUAUUUUCCAGGUCAAGUGACAAGCGCAGUAUUCAUGUCAUUAAACCAAUGCGCAAUUAUAAUGUUUGACAUGAUGCAAAGUUGAAGGAGAAGAAUAGUCGAACAUUUCCCUCAAAUUUUCCUUCUACGCAUACAGCGUAGCUUCAAAUGCAAUUGCGCGGUUUGUGUUUCUAUAUAUAUUUCUUCUCUGUUUUUAACUUCACCGCUCUCCACGGCGCAGUCGAAUGCGCAGCCGCGCGCGCCGGUGACGCGGCCCAACUCCUCCCGUCAUUGGCGCAGGUGUUUGCUGAUUUUACCGGCCGACAUGAGUGCGAGAGGUGGAACUCCUUAUCUCGGCAGUAAAAUAAGCCUGAUAUCCAAGGCGCAGAUCCGCUAUGAGGGCAUCCUGUCCUCGGUGGACACGGAGAGGUCCACGGUGUCUCUGGCCAAAGUGAAGUCGUUUGGCACAGAGGACCGCCAUGCUGAAAGGCCAGUGCCGCCCAAAGAUGAGAUUUAUGAAUUCAUCAUCUUCAGAGGGAGCGAUAUCAAAGACAUCACCGUGUCUGAACCCCCAAAGCAACACCACGGGAUACCCAGGGACCCUGCUAUUGUUCAGUCCUCCCUGGCAGGUCCGCCUGCUGCAUUUCACCCACGCUGGAGUCCAUACCGGGACAUGAACCCCGCCUUCAACCAAAUGGCUGCCAACUCUCUCCUCAGCCAGCAGUACAACGCAGCUCUGGGCCUAGUGCCUGGGUUCCACGGCAUCCCGGCAAGACGGGUCCCCAUGGUGGAGCAGGCUGUCCAGACCGUACCACAGACGUCCGCGGCACAGAAGAAGGGUAAAACCUCCACACAGCCACAGCCGGCCAGACGUGCCGUGCAGCGCUCCGCCCGUGACGCCUCGCAGGUCCAGAAGGAAAACGUGCCCUCGAAUCGGCCAUCGCAGCAGAAGACCUCCAAGGUGCAGGAACAGAUCACAGAAAGUCAAAAGCAAAGACAGAAGCAAGGCAAUCGUAGGAUCAGGAACCGCAGCCGAGGACAGCUUCUUGUGAAAGGCACCAAACCUACAACGCUGCAGUUUGAAUCCGAUUUUGAUUUUGAGACUGCCAACGCUCAGUUUAAAGAUGACCUGACGAAAAAGGAGACUACAGUUGAGAAGGAUUCUGUGGAGGCCUCAGAGGUGCCGAGCACAGCGGAGGAGGAGACGCUGGCGGAGAAGUACUACGACAAGGCUCGGAGCUUCUUUGACAACGUGUCGGCCGAGCUGAAGCCCAAGAGGACCACGUGGGCCGAAGAGAAGAAGCUCAACAUGGAAACGUUUGGCGUUCCCGGCCGCUACAUCAGAGGAAGAGGCUUCAAGGGCCGAGGCAGGAAAAGCCAGAGCACAGUUGAGCAGCGACCUCUCCCAAAAAUCGGAAGUGGACGGGUCUAAGCAUUUUUUUGUUUAAAACAUAUUGUAAAUAAGAUUGUAGUUUUCUACUUAUUUAAAACUACCUUUUCUUUUCUCUUUAACGGCUUUUGAUUUAUCAGUCCAUUGAUGGGUCUGUUGCACCUUAUAUUGUAGGUAUCGUUUCUUUACUCAGCAACUGUACUUGGAAUUGAAUAUAUAUCGAUGGAACUAUGUAAACAUGCCCCUUAAAUACUGAGGCAAGUCAUUUCAUUUGAAGACUGGUCACCGUCUGCUUGUGACAGUGUCCUUUAAAGGAGCUCUUUCUUUUCAAUCACAAAGUUUAAUUGAAGCCAGUUUUGUUUUCCUCGUGUUAGUGCUGUCAACCAAGUAACAGUUGCUAUUAAA